AUGGAUGGACAGACUUGGCGAUGCCGGGGCUGCUCGAAAGGCUCUGCUCCCGCUCCAGGUGGCUACCCGCAGCUGGCCCAUGCGCAGCUCCGCAGCCUGAGCGCCGCAGGAAUCGACAUUGAGGUGCCUGGUGCUGGUGCGAAAGCCCACCGGCUUCCUUGGUCCUUGCUGCAGCCGGUUCCGAAGCCAAGCAUCGAACCGGGAGCCGCACGGGCUAAGUGGCGUUUUCAUUGCAUCGACCUCGGAGACCAGCCGAGUGAUUUCUGCAACGGCCCAGAAAACUGUUGGGAGGUGGAGUGGUCUUUCUCAGAGGCAUCCAGCUCAAGCAGCAAGUCGAACUCUUGGCGUACAGGCCACCUGGAUGUUCGCGUCUUUCUGCACGACCAGGGAACCUGUCAGGUCCAGCAGAUGUGCACCUUUGCCUUGAGCACCGAGAACAGCCGCUGA